CGUAGUGUAUUAUUCCUCUGUUCUUGAUCGUCUCGCUGAGAUUUGUGGAUCUUUCGGCAGACAUGGCAGCGAUCUACAGUCUUUACAUAAUCAACAAAUCUGGUGGUUUGAUCUUUUACAAGGACUGUGGAACAAAGGGAAGGAUGGACACGAAUGAUAGCUUGAGGGUAGCCAGUUUAUGGCACUCAAUGCACGCCAUUUCUCAGCAGCUUUCACCUGUUAAUGGCUGUUCUGGCAUCGAGCUUCUCCAAGCCGAUACUUUUGAUCUCCAUUGCUUCCAGUCUCUCCCAGGAACAAAGUUCUUUGUGGUAUGUGAACCUGGAACUCCUCACAUGGAGAGCCUUCUUAGAUACAUUUAUGAACUCUACACCGACUACGUCUUGAAGAAUCCUUUCUAUGAGAUUGAGAUGCCUAUUCGUUGCGAGCUUUUCGACAUCAACCUUUCUCAAGCUGUUCUGUCUGACCGCGUUGCACUCUUAGGCCGAUGAGCUCAUGAUUGAUUGUGUCUCCUUGGAUCUCACUUCUUUGCCUUUUUUUUUUUUGUUUUUGUUUCCUAUCCGGAUAACAUUUUAUAUGUGACAAAAACACUUGAACAUUGCACCUAAGUUCAUAGUCUAUAAGUUUGUUUCUUCUCUCC